AUGGACGGGGACUCUCUCUACUCGCCGGCAUUGGCCGUCGCCGGCGCCCUCGUCGCGGCGGCGAUCUGCUCGUACCUGGCGGUCUCCCGCCGCGGCCGCCGCCGGCAGGAGCCGCCGGUGCUCGGCACGGUGUUCCACCAGCUGUACCACAUCCGGCGGCUGCACGACUACUACACGGAGCUGUGCCGCGGGCACAGGACGUUCCGGCUGCUGGCGGCGCCCGGCCGCCGGCUGAUCUACACGUGCGACCCGGCCGUCGUCGAGCACAUCCUCCGGGGCAACUUCCCCAACUACGGCAAGGGCCCGUUGAACUCCGAGAUCCUGAGGGACCUGUUCGGCGAUGGCAUCUUCGCCGUCGACGGCGACAAGUGGAGGCAGCAGAGGAAGAUCGCCAGCUACGACUUCUCCACGAGGGCCCUCCGCGACUUCAGCGGCGACGUCUUCAAGAGGAACGCCGCCAAGCUCGCCGGCGUUGUCUCCGGCCACGCCGCGUCGAACCAAUCCAUGGACAUCAAGGCGUUGUUGACGAGAGCAACGAUGAACUCCAUCUUCAACAUCGCCUUCGGGAAGGAGCUCAACACGCUGGAUGGCUCGGGCGAGGGGAGCCGCUUCGCCAAGGCGUUCGACGACGCCGGCGAGUACACCCUGCUCCGCUACCUCAACCCGUUCUGGAAGGUGGCGAGGCUGCUCGACGUCGGCACCGAGGCGGCGCUCAAGGAGAGGAUCAAGGUCGUCGACGAGUUUGUGUACAAGCUCAUCCGUGACAAGUCCGACGAGCUCUCCAGAACCAAGGCACACGACCCUGGUUCCAGGGAUGACCUACUGUCAAGAUUCAUCCAGGCAGCAAUCAACGAUUCUGGGACAGUUGAUUACAAGUACCUAAGAGACAUCAUACUGAACAUAGUCGUUGCCGGCAAGGACUCCACAGCGGGGUCGCUUGCUUGGUUCCUGUACAUGGCGUGCAAGCAUCCGGAAGUCCAGGAGAAAAUCUUUAAUGAAGUCAUGGAUGCCACCACCACCAGCGCCGGCGACACGGCUGCCUCCGUCGACGAGUUCCUGCAGGGCCUGACCGACCAAGCACUGAACAGGAUGCAUUACCUGCACGCUGCACUGACGGAGACGCUCCGGCUGUACCCUUCAGUUCCGCUGGAAAACAAGCAGUGUUUUUCAGACGACCUGUUGCCCAAUGGAUUUAGCAUCAGAAAGGGGGACGCCGUGUUCUACAUGCCCUACGCCAUGGGCCGGAUGGAGUUCUUGUGGGGUAAUGACGCUGAAGAUUACCGGCCUGAACGGUGGCUCGAUGAGAACGGUGUCUUUCAGCAGGAAAGCUCAUUCAAGUUUACAGCUUUCCAGGCCGGCCCAAGAAUCUGCCUCGGGAAGGAUUUUGCAUACAGGCAGAUGAAGAUCUUUGCAGCCGUGAUGAUCCGUUUCUUUGUGUUCAAACUACGCGACGAGAGUGACACUGUCAGUUACAGGACGGCGAUUACGCUCGCCAUUGAUCAGGGCCUCCAUAUGAUGACUACCACGAGAUGAGUGUACUGUGUACACUGUACACUGUACUGUACUCUAUACAGCAUCGGCAUCUAGGGCAGCUGGCUACUGUACCCGUACAAGUAACAGCU